AUGAUGGAAGAAAAGAAGGCUCUCGAUACCUCUCCCCGGGCCUCGACCACGCCCGGUGGAACGCAGCCCCGCACUCAGACGCAGGCCUCCGACGCCGGCCAUGCCCAUGCGCACUUUAACGCCGAGAAGCUCGACAAGACGCUCACGCGCAUGCGCUCGGACGGCAAGAUCGAAAUCACCGAAGAUGACUGCUACGAUGAGCUCGGAUACAGCUUCUCGUCGUUCAAGAAGUGGACCAUCCUCACCGUCAUCUUCCUCGUGCAAGUCUCGAUGAACUUCAAUACCUCGCUUUACUCGAACGGCAUCACCGGCAUCUCGGAGGAGUUCAACGUCAGCGCGCAAGCGGCCCGCUGCGGCGCUAUGAUCUUCCUCGUCAUGUAUGCUUUCGGCUGCGAGCUGUGGGCCCCCUGGUCGGAGGAACUAGGCCGCAAACCGAUCCUUCAGCUCAGUCUGUUCCUCGUCAACAUCUGGCAGCUUCCUGUUGCGCUCGCUCCCAACUUUGCCUCGAUCAUGGUCGGCCGUGCCCUUGGUGGACUAUCCUCGGCGGGAGGCUCGGUCACCCUGGGUAUGAUCGCCGACAUGUGGGAUUCAGAGAACCAGCAGUACGCCGUUGCCUACGUUGUCUUCUCCUCCGUCGGUGGCUCAGUGCUUGGUCCCGUCGUCGGUGGCUUUGUGGAGGCGAACCUCAACUGGCGAUGGACGAUCUGGAUCCAGCUCAUCUUUGGCGGUGCCGUUCAGCUGCUUCACCUCGUUCUUGUACCCGAGACACGAUCAACGAUCAUGAUGGACCGCAUCGCCAAGAAGUGGCGCAAGUCGGGCAAGAAUCCGAACAUUUACGGUCCGAACGAGCUGCGCAGCUUCAGGGAGCGUUUCUCGGCCAAGGAGAUCCUCGUAACCUGGAUCCGACCGUUCCACAUGUUCCUGACGGAGCCCAUUGUGCUUACGCUUUCGCUGCUGUCUGGCUUCAGCGACGCGCUCAUCUUCAUCUUCCUGCAGUCGUACUCGCUGGUGUACAAGCAGUGGAACUUCAGCACGGUUGCCAUCGGCCUGGCCUUCCUUCCGCUGUUGGUAGGCUACUUUAUCGCCUGGGGAAUCUACGUCGUUGCCAUCGGGCAUCAGAAAAAGGUUCGCGCAGCAAGGCCCGGAGACGAGCAUGCGCAAUUCGAGUCGCGCCUCUGGUGGCUUCUCUUCACCGCCCCGCUCUUGCCAAUCGGCCUCAUCGGCUUCGCAUGGACCUCGGUCGGUCCUCCUGUGCACUGGAUGGGCACCAUGGUCUUCGCUGCGCUCAUCGGCAUAGCUAACGCUUCUAUCUACGGAUCCACAGUUGACUACAUGAUUGCUGCUUACGGCCCUUAUUCGGCGUCUGCGACGGGCGGCAACGGCUGGUCACGAGAUUUUCUAGCGGGAGUGCUGACGGUGCCGGCGACACCGUUCUACACCAACAUUGGACGCUCCAAGGGACGGAACCUCGAGUAUGCCUCGACGAUCCUCUUCUGCAUCGCCACGGUGCUAGUGGUGGCGGUGUAUGUGAUCUACUGGAAGGGACCUGUUCUACGAAAGCGAUCUCCGUUUGCGCAGCAGCUCAAUGCGGAGCGCAAGGGCGCGACCAACGAAGGCGGACAACCAGCGACCACGACCCACAAGCGGCCGGUGACUGGACUCGGCUCGCGUCGCAGCUCGUACCACACUUCGCAGCACGCCACAUCGCGCAAUGCGUCGCGCAAUGCUUCGAGGAACGCCUCACGCAACGUCUCGCGGGCCAACUCGUUCUCCAACGGUAGCAGCAGCGUCGAAGUGCCCGUGAGGACCGCCUAG